AUGACAGUCAUCGAUAGUGAAGCACGACUCUGCAUGGAAUUUAAUUACACUGAUAGAACAGUCGUUCAAAAUUUUCGUGAUCUGCUAGAUAAUCGCCUUAAUAGCAAGAAUGUGCACAAAAUUCUGAAUGAAGAUGAAGAUUCGGAUGAAGAUGAUGGUGAUGACAACGACAUUGAUGCGUUCUCAAACUCGUCAUCUGUGAAAUGGUACCAGAAAGAAAUCUGGCAGCUUAGUAAACUUCCCUAUUAUGAGGAUCUCGAAAAACAGGCGAACAAGACAUUGGCAGAUAUCAAGACUGGUCUCGCUCAUUCGAUAAUCCUCAAUGAUCCUGUUACUGGUCUCAUGCACUGGGUACCGGAACUAGAAAGGUACAUUGACUAUUAUGGACGUAGAAUAAGCAAGGAAGAUCAUAUACUGUUCGUUCGCUUAUUGAACUGUCUCGUCAAAAAAGGCAAUACUUUUCGAGAUGUCAAAAUUGCUAUGCAUUGCCUGAAUAAGUUAAUU